AUCGGAUAUCCGCAUGGUUGGCGCCCGACAUUCCCUAUCGCUUGUCCUCGGGCCUUUGGCUUAAAAGUCGCCGCUUCCCAUGCCCGUCCUGCAGCCCAUCCUCCGGCGGGAACGACUGAAUCUCUGCCAUCUGCGAACCAUCCGCGAGCCAUCCGCGAACCCUCCAUCGAGCCCUCCUCUACGCUCCUGUGUGCUGUCCGAGUCUGCGUCCCGGCCAGCGAGUGGAUUACUUUGCCUGUACUUGCGCAUCCCAGCUCGCUCAUUACUGCCUCGAGUGUUGCCUUUCUGGCCCUCCACUUCCACCCACACUCCCCCGAUAUCCAGACCACCAUGUCUUCCACAACACUUUCGCAGUUGACUCUCGUCACCGUGCUCGACCUUCUGGCCCUCUCCGGCCACCUCGAUCCCCUCGUUCUCACCAAGCUCGCCCGCUGCUCGCGGCAGCUGGCCGCACGAUACGCUGCACCUUCCGGCCGCGCCUGGCGGCAGUGCUUUGCCAACCUGCUGGGUGUCCCGGCCCUGCUCUGUCCUCCCGGCGGGACAUACAAGUACUUGGCCCUGGGCGCCCAUUCGUUCUUCACCCGCUCCGGCCCACAACCCCACGAGCUCGAGGACCUGUUCUGGUCCUUUGUGGCCGAGGACGACGCUCUCUUUGCGGCCACGAUGCGACAGUGUGCCCGCCACGACAGCCGGCUCAUGCGGCGGUGGUCUGCUGCCCAGGACUUUGGUCAAGAUGUGCCCGAAAACCUGUUUGAUCGCUCCGUCGUCAACGCCUUCAGCGUCUGGGGCGACUUUGCCAAAACCAUCGACCUGCUCCCCAAGCUGCAGUCCCUCCCCGACUCGAUCGGCAAUGCCGCCUCCAUCGCCGUCCUCGGCCCUUUCCUGGAAAUGUCGUCGCUGCCGCCCACCGUCGGCAACCUCGCUGCCCUUACCGAGCUGCAUCUGUGCAACAACGCUAUCGCCCGGCUCCCAGAGACCCUGGGUCGUCUUGCCAGCCUCGUCCGUCUGGAGCUCAACCACACCCAAAUCACGACCGCGGGACUGCCGCGGUCCCUGGGAAAGCUGGCGUCGCUCGCGCAGCUCUCACUCAACAGCAACAAGCUCGUUACGCUGCCGGACUCGGUGAUCAGUCUCUCCGCCCUGACCAAGCUCUCGGCCAGCUCCAAUGAGAUCGUUGCCCUGCCGCCCCACAUCGACAGCCUCGCUGCACUUUCGCAGCUCGACCUGCACCGCAACUGCCUCCGCUCCCUGCCAAUGUCCUUUGGCGGCCUGGCCUCGCUAACUGAGUUGCACCUCGAGUUCAACUGCCUGACGACCCUGCCGGCGUCCUUUGGCAACCUGUCGAGUCUGUCGGUCCUGCACCUCAACAACAACCAACUUCGAGAGCUGCCCGCUUCGAUCGGCAGCCUCUCGUCGCUCACCAAGCUUUAUCUCGGCCACAACCAGCUCGUCCAGCUCCCCGAUACCUUUGGGCGCCUCGAGCGCCUCACCGAGCUGCACCUCGACAACAACCAGCUGUGCGUCCUGCCCGAGUCUUUCAGUGCCCUGAGUGCCCUUUCGGUGCUGAGCUUGCGCAACAACCGGAUCGCGAGCCUCCCAGUCUGGAUCGGCAAUCUGGCGACUCUGACGACGCUGGUGCUGAGCUCAAACCGGCUCCGGGCCCUGCCCCUGAGCGUCGAGAGCCUCGCCGCCCUCUCAGAGCUCCAUGUCGACGGGAAUCUGUUGGUCUCGGUGCCGCCUCCUGUCUUGAAGCUGUCGACACUGCAAGUUUUGGAUCUCUCGGACAACUUGAUCGCCUAUUGCUGUGGGACAAUGCAGCGACUGGCGGCCGACAGUCCGCGAAUGCGAAUCAAGAUGUGAACGCCUUGAGUUCGUCUUGGGAGGGCUGCACACACGACGGGCGACAGAGUAUGGCCCUGCUGCAUGCCCAACCUCAUUGUCGCUUCUCCCUCGUGCCUCCUGCUCCCUCUCUCUAUUACCCAGUUUUGCUCAGCUUUGCUCACCCGCCGGGGCUUCCUCGAUCCCGGCAUUCGUGUAAUCAUACCCCCCGCCUCCCAAGGCAACCCAUGUAUAUAUCAAAAUACAGCUUCCUUAGUCG